AGCACGUGACUCGUGAGUGCCGCGGGAAGGGGAGGUCUGAAUUCACAGAGGCAGAACCACAGGCCCUGAGCACCUCGGCCUCUCUCACGUCUCCAGGCUCCAGACCCCAGGCCGCCCUACUUUCCUGGAACAUUCCUCCGUUUAGCAGAGGACAGGCAGCCCUCAGCUGUUCACCGUGAGCCUGUGGAUGCCGCUCAAGAUGUCCCCUUUCGGUUGCUGGGGCCUGCCCGCCGCCCUUCUCGCCCUGUUCUGCUGCCCAGGGUCUGGUGAGACAUUUGAGGUACACAUGUAUCCAGAGCAGCUGGUGGUGGAGUCCGGAGAGUCCACGUUGAUCAACUGUAGUACCAGCUGUGCCCUGCCUGACACCAGUGGCCUGGAAACCACUCUAACCAAGACUCUGGUGGCCAGUGGAACUCAGUGGAAGCAGUACUUGGUCUCCAAUGUCUCCCAGGACACAAUCAUCUACUGCUACUUCACCUGCUUCAGGAAGCAGAAGUUAAAGAGUCUCAACGUCAGCGUGUUCUACCCUCCAAAGGAAGUGCUGCUGAAGCUGAAGCCCACUCGGGUGGCUGUGGGGGGAUCCUUCACCAUCGAGUGCUGGGUGCCCAAUGUGGCACCUCUUGAGACCCUCACUCUCACCCUGCUCCGUGGCAAGGAGGCCAUGCACAACAAGACCUUUAGGACGAUGGCACUUGCCCCCCAAGAGGCCACAGUCACACAUAAUGCCACAGCUCAUAAGGAAGACGGCCGCCACAACUUCUCCUGCCGGGCAGACCUGGACCUGCGGUCUCUUGGUGGGGACAUCAUUCACGGUGUCUCAGAGCCCCAGACGCUCAAGGUCUAUGAGCCCAUGCCAGACAACCAGAUGGUCGUCAUCAUCACAGUGGUGUCCGUGCUGCUGUUCCUGUUUGUGACAUCUAUCCUCCUGUGCUUUGUCUUCGGCCAGCAUUGGCGCCAGAGGCAGAUGGGCGCCUACAGGGUACAAGGUGCUUAAAGGGGCCUGAGUCGGGCCUACUGGGCACAGCCUACAUGAGUGGCACGGUCACCAGCACGGCAGCCACUGGAAGUCAGCGUGGCUCCUCAGGGUUGUGGUCCAGCCCUGGCUGCAGGACUCUAAGGAGCAGCAGAGGACUUUGGGACCAUUUCCUCUUCUAGUCUAAAUAUAAAUACCUGGACUUAA